UAUCCAGUCUAAAGCUUUCUGUCUGAUAGAGCUGCGACACCGACAGACGUGUCACGGUUUCACUUUCCUGAGAUUCAAAACCAAAAUCAGCUAACUGAGACUAAAAUCUGGAAAUAAUCAGAGUCAUGAAGAAGAGAAAAUAAUGACGAGCAGAGAAAUUAGACGAGGAAAGCGGCUCUUAGCCACGAGCUGAAGGAAGCUAAAAGUUUGUUUUACAGUUACAGGCAGCCCGGCAGCGAGCUCGUGUCUUAUCUCACUGAGACGGAGUCACUGUAAACGUUGCUUCUCCUUCUUCUACCAGGACCUCUGACAGAACGGAGACGUUCAUGCUGUCCUCCUGACAGCAUCACCUCCAACCACCACCACGCUUCUGCUCAGCUUUAACGUCACACCCAUCAUCUGCUGGAGGUAAAGGUGCCAUCCAGGGAGAACUUCCUGUCCUAAACCCUUAACCGACCAAUCAGCACGCAUUCCCCAUCAAACCUCAGAAUGCAGAGCGUCGGGCUUCAGCACCGCCUCCUCGUCUCUGUCUGCCUCUUCCUCCGCCUUCUGACCUCAGCUGAGUCGCAGCAGGUGGAGCAGGAGGAGGUGCAGAAUGUCCCAGUGGAGGUCAUCACUGAGAGCUCCCCCUGCAGCGCCACCUGUGGGCUGGGCCUCCGGACUCAGACUCUGUGCCUCCUAAAUGACAGCAAGGCGGCGAUGGAGGAGAAGCUGCCGAGCGGCGGUGAAGCAGAGGUGACGGAGAAGUGCCGCGUCCGGGCGGUGCAGUGCAUGGACACGUGGCAGUGCGGCCUCCAAACCAUGACAGUCACAUCCGGACAGAGGGUGGAGGUCGACUGUGUGGGAGACGUGAUGGAGGCCACGGGGAGGUUCUCCUGGAGGGUGUCGUGGCGUUACGCCCGAGGGAUCAUCAGCACCGAUGACGCUCUGCUCGCCCGCUGGGACGCUCCCGAGCUGGACCGAGUGGUUCUGGACCCCGUCAGAGAGGAGGAUGCAGGGACGUACCGCUGUGACGUGCAGGACGCCGCCUACCGCAGGGUCAAACGGGCUUACUGGGGCAUCCGGGUUCUGCCCGCCGGAGUCCUGAGCCUGGACUACGACAGCGCCCUGGCCCUGUGGGACGAAGGCGAGAAGAACCAGACUGAAGAGGAGCAGAGGAAGAUCUUCCCCUUUGCUCUCCUUGCGAUGGGCGUCAGUGUGGCGGUCGCCGGCGUCUUCGCUGCUCUGCUGAGAGGUUACGAGGCGAUGAAGAGGAGGAGGAGGAGGAGAAGAGGGAUUUAAGGGCGUCUGGUUCCUUCUGAAUUUUCCAACCUGCUUCAAAUCAUUGAAAAUCGUUGAAGUUACGUGAAAUCAUUUCUCACGAGUUUGUUAUUAAAAUGAAUGACAAACGUAAUAAAAGCCAAACCUACAGAU